AUGCAGGUCACAAUGAUGCUGGGUCUCUUGGCGGUGUCGGUACUUGGCCGAAACUGCCCCCAGGAGCUUCAUGGGGUCUUUGCAGACAUGCACGAUGGUGACAAGAAGCAGGUGACCAUCGCAGGGACUUCCCUGACCAUCAAGCCCAGUGGAAACUCACAGUCCUGGGUCGUGAAAGCUGAGCUGGACACCGAGUCCUGCCAGGCGACUGUCGACUUCAACGUCCCAGGAAAGCCAAAUCCACCUCCUGUGAAUUUGCUGAUGACGCUUUGGCUCGCCACGAGUGAUGAAGCCUCCGCCGGACAAGCGAAAACAACCUUCGAGUUUACAGAUCCAAGUGGCAAGCUGGCUUCUCCACACAUGCCGCUGAACUCUUGGCUUUUCUUGGGUACCCCGCAGGUUGCCGCGGUCUCAGGGGUCGUGGAUGGUCGUUGA